UCAUUUUUAACGGGGUUUACAAACUAGUACAAGAGAGUAUCGCACACGAAAGAGUAGAAAGAAUUGGAAAUGAACAAAACAAAAAAAGUAAAAAAAAUACAACAAAAUACCUUUAACCACAAAGCUCAGGUUAGGUAACGAGCGUUAACCAAGUAAAAAAUAUAGAAAAAAAACAAAAUAAUAUACAAUCAAGCCAAAUACAAGCUGGGUGUGACUUAAAAAAUAAAAUUAAAAAAAUUCAGUUGCUUUUCGACACUUUGAGUUUUAAAUACUCAUAAACGGUUAACAAAAAUACUAGCGGAAUAAAUGCUAUGGCAAAUAACUAGUUAUUUUUACAAUUAAGCGUUAAUAAUAUUUAAUUAAAAGAGAACAAAAAAAGUUGUUUAAAACAAUGAUCUUGUCGUAAAGAAAUAAAAAUAAUUAUAUAAUAUGAUAACCGCAAAACAAAUAUAAAAAAACGUUUCCAUAUUUCCUGCAAAACUACAAACAAAACAAAAAAAAAUAUUUAAAUUGUUUAAUUACCAAAAAAACCAAAUACAAAUUUUCUGUGCUUCUUUUGUUUUUUAACUUUGUGUAAACAUGUCUUCCUCACCCAGUGACUUAAAACACGACAAUACCGUUACUCAACAUCCUUUGCAGGAUGUUGAUUUAAAUGCAUCAUUGCCGGACAAUGCCGAUGGCUCCAAAAAUGUGAAUAAAAAAGAAAAUUGGGUUAAAUUUGAUGACGACGCCAAUGAAGGUAUUUUAGGUACCAGCGAAAUCAACAAAAACAACAAUGAGCUGACAGCAGCCACUGCUGCGACUGCAAACAGGUUAACACCAUCACCAAUACCACCACCAACAAACCCAAAGAGACACUCCACUGCAGCAGCAACAACAACAGUUGGGGGAGCAGCACGUUCUCGUACUCCAACUUUAGAGAGCAGUCAACAACAGCUGCAUGCUUCGCAAUUAGAUGUAACUGCUGCAACACCUGUGCAGGGUACAACUGUAACGUCUUCCACUUCCAGUGUUUUGCCGGAUGUAGCGGCACCCGCUGUCUUAAAUACUGAAAGUGUGCAUGUUAAUUUAAAUGUAUCCGGUAAAGCACAACAACAAUUAAACACACAAAAUCUACAACAACAGCAGCAGCAGCAACAUCACCAAAAACCAAAAACUUUAACUUCUAACAGUAGCAGCAAUAACAACAAUAUUGCUGCAACAUCAUUGUCAUCGUCUAAUAACUCCAAUAGUACGCCUCAUCAUCAACAUCAGCAACAAUACAGCAGCAACAAUCAAUUACCACAUCACAGCAAUAAUGGCAAUAUGACCAACAACUCCACAACCAAUAAACUGUCAUCAGCAUCAUCAUCCUCAACGUCUGCGACGACAACAUCACAACCAUCAUCGACUGGAAAAACGUCUGUCACAAUACCCAUUGAAUCUCAGCCACCAAUGCGUACAAUUGAAUUAUCAACAGGUCGGAUACGAGAAGGAUUUGCCAAUGGUGAUGUCAUAGUAACACUACUACCCGCCAAUACUAAAUUUCCCUGGGUAACACCGGCCAUAUUUAGGCCAGAACUGGUGCCAGAAGAGUUAAUGGCCCAAGGUUUAACACUCACCGUUGAAGAAUAUGUUCACGCCAUGGAAACUCUUGUAAAUGACUAUCGCUUUACCAUGUACAACAUCUGUUAUAAACGUAUUUUAGUUUGUUGGAUACUAUUCGCCUUCUCUGUUCUAUUGACUCUACUGUUCUCGGGUCUACAAGGUGUUGCCCUAUUCUCGUUGGGCGUGGGUUGGCUGUUCCUAAAUGCGGCUGCUAUAUUCCUGUGUAUGUGGGUGAAAUUACGUUUGGCCCGUGGCUUAGAGAAAUGUUUAGCGCGAGUCAAUAAGCAGCUGAUAAAGCACAAAAUCCUCUUGAUUUUGGAUGAUCGUGGUCGUAUAUCGUGUCAUAAAGUGAAUUUAUGUUUCCUGUACUUUGAUUCUGCUCCAUGUGUAAACUUUUUGAAUGAAUUCCUUGAGCAUACCGAGCAAAAUGGUGGCGAAGCUAUAAAGGCUGGAUGGGAGGCCAAAUUGGAUAUAGAUUUAAAUGAUAUUGUUAUACAAGGUUCAAAUCCGGUGCGUUUGUCUAGGAAACAGGAACGUGGCGUGCAAUUAUUUUUACGUUAUGCCUCACGCUGGGGUCGUGAUGCCAUCAGAGGUCUGGUUGAUGUUACCCCAUUGGAGCCGGGACGUCAUUGUGGACAGUUUCAAUGCCCCUGCCAAUACAUCAAAGAUCAUUUGCAGUGCAAACCAAGAGGUUACCCUUGCGGUUGCAUUGCCUAUGCUUCGGAUCCCCAGUUUCAAAAUCGUUAUUAAAAAUUAUUUUCUCUCUUUUACUUGUUUUUUUUUUAUAUUUU